AUGGAUCCUCAACCAAGCACGUCAAGCCAGUCUCCAAGAAAGAAGAGACCACGGAUAGCUUUAAACGUAACCGAAAAAGUUAUGAUACAAAACGUCUACAAACACGUAUUUGAGGAGAAAGCAGCUUCACUACUACCUAUUGAGACUCCCGAAAAAAAAGAAUGUGUUUCGAAAACAGCUGACAUUUUGGGAAUUGGUGUAACCUCAGUUUAUAGUGUAUUAAAAGAAUACAAAGAAAAUGAACAAUUUAAGUCUCCCGAAAAACGAGGACCGAAACACAGUUUCAAAGAUAAACUAGACGAUUUUACUUUUGCCGCUAUAAGGCAAAAAGUACAUCAAUUUUUUUAUGCAAAUGAGCCACCCACCAUUGUAAAGAUUCUUAAGGCAGUCAAUAAUGACCCAGACUUACCCAAUUUUUCUUGGAGUACAUUAAGAAAUGUUAUGAAACAUUUAAAUUUCAAAUAUGUCACAAAAUCAAGACAAAGCAUUUUAAUUGACAGACAGGACAUUAUUUUAUGGCGCCAGCGAUAUCUUCAAAAAAUUAAAGAGUAUCGAAGGGAAGGAAGGUAUAUUUAUUACCAAGAUGAAACCUGGAUCAACGAAGGUCAUGCACCGAAGAAGGCAUGGAUUGACCAGACAGUGUUAUCGUCCCGCCAGGCCUUCCUAGAUGGCUUGACCACUGGCUUAAAACAGCCUUCAGGAAAGGGCAAACGAUUAAUUAUCGGCCAUAUAGGCGGGGAAGAAGGAUUCGUAGAAGACAGCUUAUUAAUAUUUGAAGCAAAAAAAAAUAAAGAAGAUUAUCAUCAAGAGAUGAAUGCCGAUUCCUUUGAGAAGUGGUUUAGGGGGAUCUUGCCAAAACUAAAACCAAAUUCCGUGGUAGUGAUGGAUAAUGCCCCAUACCACUCCAGGAAACUAGAAUCGCUGCCUACAAUGUCUUGGAUUAAACCUAAAAUACAAGAGUGGCUAACGAGCAAAUAUAUUUCAUUUGAAGCAACAAUGGUUAAAGCUACUCUUAUAGAAAUUGUACGGCAGCACAAACAAGAACAUUGCGAUAAGUAUGUUGUGGACGAGAUGGCAGCGCAGCAUGGGAUAAUUGUUUUACGUCUGCCCCCAUACCACUGUGAGCUGAAUCCCAUUGAGUUGGUAUGGGCGCAGGCUAAAGGAUAUGUUGCAAGAAAUAACAAAACCUUCAAAAUGACAGAAGUAAAAAAACUUUUUGAAGAAGGCCUUCAGCACAUCACACCUGAAAAAUGGAGUAGCUGCGUAUCUCAUAUAAUUAAAGAAGAAGACAAAAUGUAUGGUCUCGACCACAUGAUCGACAAUGUUUCAGACAGAUUUAUAAUUAAUGUCACCGAAAGCGAUAGUGAUGAUUUUUUAUCUGAUGAUGAAUAA